GUUCCGGAAAAUUCGAGCUGCCUGGCUGAGCCGUCGUCAGUGUGUGCCAAGAUGGCCAAUCGGUCUGUUUGUUUACUGCGUGUCUGAUAUUGCUUGUACUCGCAGUGUACCGUGUAUAUGAGUGGACUGAUGCUUCGUAGAAGAAGAUGCAGGACCAGCAGACAAAAGCAGCAGAGUCGAAGGUGAACAAGCAGCAGCAGCUUACGGAUGAGGAAGAGCUGCUGCUUGGUCCCAUUGAGAGUCUCGCGAGGUUGGAAAUUGAACGACAACAUCGAACGUUAAAGUGUCACAAUUCAUGUCAGGCAAAUCCUUUUCGCCUAAACAGUAAAGCGCUGGUCAAAACGAAACCACGUCGUGAAGAUUCAAAAUACUGUAAACGAAAAAACGCCUUAGCAAGCUACCACCGUUUGUUGAUGCAUGAUGUGUUCUACAAAACAUACAGAAAGAAGGAAUCCAUCAUCCGCGAGGCGGUGCUCAAACUGCGCAGUGAUGAACCAACUCAUCUUAGCGAUAACUUAGCCAGUGCAUUGCUGGAGAAAGCUUGCAAGCUCAGUAUUUCUGAUAAAACCACGACCUUUGGCCAUGGUUCGGUAACAAAAGACUUCAAAUCCCUCAACGUAAGCUCAACUGCCAGUGUAGCAAAAGAUGAUGCAAAUUUGCCGGAGAACUACACGUCCAAUAGUUUUCAACGUGCCCGAAGUAAUACAAUGCCCAACAACUUCAAACGACCCACAACGGCUGACGGUAGUAGUUCAAAUAAUGGACACACUUGUUCGGUACAAGCUAGGCUCUCGCCACCUCCAUGCGACGUGACAAUCGACGAGUUGGCCAGCUACUUCGAAGAAUUUGUGCACAUACCGAAGAAAAUGUCUCACAUGGCCGAAAUGAUGUACAUUUGAAGUUCGAUCAAAACAAAAUCUCAUUAAUAUUCUUAUUGAUUAUUAAGCUUUCAACUAUCCCUACCGCGAGGACUAGUUUUUUACGAUAUUAUUUUAUGUUUUUUUCCUAUUUUUUUAAAUUUAUUCUAAAUUACAUAGUUCGCACAUGUAGAGUUGAAUAAAUCGUUUGGUGAGCAGGUUUUGGUUUAAUUAGUGUCUGAUUUAUAAUUUUUAUGAAGACUGUAUCCAUAUUACAUUGCAUCAUUGUUGUAUCUCCUUUUUUCAACGAGCUUUUUUUGUCUUUAGCAGACUCGUGUUCAUUAGCUGGACUAAAAAGAUACAAAAAAAUUAUGUCCAAUGUAUAUAUGUGCGCUGAAUCGACAAAAGAUAAAAAAAAAUAAAUAAAAUAAGUAUAUAGUUGAAAAAAUAAAAAUCAUUUUGACAUUUUACGUACUCAAGGUUCUAUGUAUGGAUUCCUAGAGUUAGUGUUUGGUUCUUAAUAGAAUUUUUAUUUCAAUAAAUCUAUAUUAUUAUAUUAUGAAGAACGUUUUUUCUUAGUCA